GACGUUGCCCGCCUGUCAUCACUACCGUAAAAAACCAAUAGAUGGUCGGUCUGUUUUCUUUUUCUUUCCACUUACAGAACGUAUUGCUGUUUUUUUUAUUACUCGUGUAUGUGUGAUUCGUGUAGAAUAUCGAUCGACAACAACGAGAGGUCGUACGCUUCGAAUAGUAAUAAUAAAUCUUCGAUCCGAUCCUCUAAAGGCAUCAUGAAAUUGAUGCCCCUGACUCCGGGUCAGGUGUCAACGAUAACGCGGCACGGCGGUGGCGUCGGCGUCGGCGGCGGCCUAGGCAGUGGCCUAAGCGGUGGUGCGGCAGUCGGCGGCGGCGGAGCGACCAACGGGGGCACCACCGGCGGCCCAGGCAUGACCAACAACGCAGCCGCCGCGGCGUUUGUGUUCAACAGCGGUGCAGCGGCGGCCGCCGACCUGUUCUGGCGUUACCACCAUCACCAUCCGCACCACGGUGGUGCCUUUAACUUCCCGCCUUCGCCGACACUGUUGCCGCCCACUCCGUUCCCGUCUCCACUCGACUUCAAACACCACUUACCGGCCAACUUGAUUACCGACCCGAGAAUUUGGACCAAAGAAGACGUGGCCGCGUUCAUACAGUGGGCCGAAAUCGAAUUCGACUUGCCGCGGUUCGACACCGAAUUGUUCCAGAUGAACGGCAAAGCGCUUUGUCUGUUGACCAAACAGGACUUGGGCGAACGGUGUCCGGGCGCCGGCGACCUGCUCUACAACGUGCUGCAACUUCUGCGGCGCGGCGGUGACAUGAUGAGCGCCGGAAGUGCCGGACACCUGCCCGGCAGCCCGGUCGCCUCGCACUUCCCUUUCAGUCCCACGUGGUGUCUGCCGGCACCGUCUUCGCCGGCCGUCCUUAGCCCGGCCCCGUCCAUAGACAGCCAGUCGGACAGCCCCCGGCACAUGGACUACCACCAACAGCAGCCGCCGGUCGCCUCCUCCACGUCCACGGUCGGCCACCACCUCACGCCCAGCGUGUCCAUAUUCCCGACGACUCCGACAAUUGGAUACUCGAACAACGGCGGCACCAGCUCUGGCGGCAGCAAUCAGUCUGAUUCUGACCCAGAAGAAUCGUCUGCUAGCAGUGGCACACUGAACUUACCGCCACCCACGCCCACCACCCCGUCUUCGUCAACGUCACCUCCGCCAUACUCUCCUUCCACGCCCAAACAGUCUAACGGAAAUAUAUUCUUCCCGUCCGGCGAUUCAAACUCAAUUGAACCAAAUACAAAUGGUCGACUCUUGUGGGAUUUCCUACAGCAAUUGCUAAACGACACCCAUCAACGUUUCACUGGCUUCAUAGCGUGGAAAAACCAAGAAAUGGGAGUUUUCAAGAUUGUCGAUCCCCCGGGUCUUGCCAAACUGUGGGGCAUACAGAAGAACCACUUGUCCAUGAAUUACGACAAGAUGUCCAGGGCCUUGCGUUACUAUUACAGGGUAAACAUCCUCAGGAAGGUGCAGGGUGAAAGACACUGUUACCAGUUUCUUCGCAACCCCAGUGAAUUGAAAUGCAUAAAAAAUAUAUCUCUAUUGCGUCAGCAAAUGGCGUCAUCGCCUCAAACUCCGACUACAACUACUCCUAAACUCGAAUCAUCAGCGGGAGAUGUAUCUGAUGAAGACUAUAAACCAACUGACUUAAGCAUGUCAUGUCCACCCAGCUCGUGGCAAGAUGGACCUCAGGACUUGUCGACUGCGUCGACUAGUUCAUCAAUGCAACUGCAGCUCAACAUGUCUACUUCGAUGACCCCCCCAGUGUCUUCUGGAAUGACUAAGGCGGCUCUUAAACUUGAACAAGCAUCAUAGAGUAGUCGUCAGAAUCCUCCCUCCCCCCACCGUGCGCCUUUAUUUAAUCAGCGUAUACAAAUUUACUCAAGAAAAAAGUUUUUAUUAUAUAUAUAUUUUUUUCUUAAUAUGUUACCAUGUCGAAUGUUUUAUUUUGUACGCUAACCACGAACUGUUUCCAUACAUAUUUCCUAAUGGUAUGUUCGGGGUGCAAUCCACACAGGGUAUUCUUAUUAUAUCCAAAAUAAUAAUAAUAAUAAUAAUAACAAGAUUUAGUUGUACUAAACAUGUCAAGAGUUAUUAACAGUCUCCGACUGCGCCAAUGGCACAUCCCUUAAGACUGUCGCACAACGAAAUAUACACAGCGCAACGAAUAUGAUGCUUGCAUCUGAAGAAUGUUACGUUACCAGUAGUAUAUUAUGAAUUUUUUUUAUAAUUAAUUUAAAAAAAAAAAUUGACUGACAUUAUUAAACGCAGUUGACUAGUAAAAGUUUGUGCGAGAAAAACACAUCUGAGACUUUGGAUUUUAUUUUUAUACAGUAAUAUUUAGCCCAAUAUAUUUUAAGAUUUAAAUUUUUUAUUAUGUAUAAGCAAAUAGGUGAUUGAUAAAAACAAAAGUGUCUUCCUCAAUAUAGAAAAUUAAAA